AUGGAAGCUACGAGGAGCUUGGUUUCUUCAUCUCCUUCGUUUCAGACGAAAACCCAUCUCAAGAACAGCUACUCUUCUCCUUCCUCUGUAGUGAUGCUUCAUGAACAAACAGCAACUCCUGUAGUUAACUCACGUCAUCUCACUUCUCUAUCUCGACAUUUCCCUGCGUCGGUUCUCUCACAGGAGCCACGGGAAGAGUCUAGACCUCUCUCACAUGCGUUGAGAGAAGACAGAACAUCUCAGUUGACUCUGGAGAGGAAGCAGUUUGAUGAAUUGGUUUCAUCUGGUGAAGAUGAGAAAUUUGAACAGCAAUUGCUUCACUCUGCUGGUUUAUGGAAUUUGUUGAUAUCUCCUUUAACAGUUGAAAAGCAAUUGCCGGAAGCUGUAUCGACCUUAGCAGAUGCGGAGCCUUGUGAUGUGGUUGCACUAGCUCAGAAGGCUUUAUCAGCUUCAAAACAAGCUGCAUUGUUAGCUGAAGACACCGAAGCAGAUCCACCUGAUAACCCCGGGGAUUCUCUCUCCACUAGCUCUUCCAUGUCCUUACCAGAAGAGGGAACAAUAGUGAGAUCGAAGCGGCUACUGGAGAGACGAGCAAGGAACAGAAGGGCUCCAAAAUCAAACGAUGUGGACAAUGAGGGUAAUGUUCCUCAGAAAAUUAACGCCAAGAAGAAGAUGAAACAAGGGUUUGAUACGGAUGAUGCGCUCCAGCUCUUCUUGUGGGGACCUGAGACAAAACAACUUCUGACUGUGAAACAGGAAGCUGAGCUGAUAGCACAUAUACAGCAUUUGAUAAAGUUGGAGAAGGUUAAGACUAAACUUGAAUCUCAAAACGGCUGUGAACCAACAAUAGGGGAAUGGGCUGAAGCUAUGGGGAUAAGUGGCCCUGUCUUGAAAUCUGAAAUCCACCGUGGCAGAAGCAGCCGGGAAAAGCUGAUCACAGCAAAUCUGCGUCUCGUAGUCCAUAUCGCUAAACAAUAUCAGAAUCGCGGACUCAACUUUCAGGACUUAUUGCAGGAAGGAAGCAUGGGGCUAAUGAAGAGUGUAGAGAAGUUCAAACCACAAUCCGGAUGCAGAUUUGCUACUUACGCCUACUGGUGGAUUCGACAAUCCAUAAGGAAGUCUAUAUUUCAAAACUCGAGAACAAUCCGAUUGCCGGAGAACGUAUACAUGCUACUGGGCAAAGUAUCCGAAGCCAGAAAAACGUGUCUUCAGGAAGGAAAUUACCGUCCAAGUAAAGAGCAAAUUGCAGGCCACGUAGGAGUUUCAACAGAGAAGUUGGAUAAACUGCUGUACAAUACAAGAACACCUCUAUCAAUGCAACAACCCAUUUGGGCUGAUCAAGACACCACCUUUCAGGAAGUAACACCAGACAGUGGGAUUGAGACACCGGCAAUAAGCGUGGGGAAGCAGUUGAUGAGGAACCAUGUACGGAAUCUCCUCAAUGUACUGAGCCCAAAGGAGAGAAGGAUCAUCAAGCUAAGGUUUGGGAUUGAUGGUGGAAAACAGAGAUCAUUGUCGGAGAUAGGAGAGAUUUACGGAUUGUCGAAGGAGAGGGUAAGGCAGCUAGAGAGCCGGGCAUUGUACAGGCUUAAGCAGAACAUGAACAGCCAUGGACUCAAUGCUUAUGCUGAUUUGCUUAUCUAG